AAUCUUUUCAAAAAUGAUCGUUGCCUUUAUAUCUCCUACAAAUGAAAUAAAACCAUCAAAAGUCUCAAUCAAUGACAGUCAACCCUUCAGAAAUGCGUUGACAAACAUAAAUACAUUCAAAGCUGUCAAAGUUACGCAUAUUGAUGUAUUAUCAGACAAAGACGAAAUAAUGUUCGAUGCCUCCUUGCCGUCAACUCAUAAAGAUGAAAUUUCAAAUAUUUCAAUUUCAGCUGAUCAAAAUGAUUACCCAAGACAAAUUGAAGAUGAGAUGCUUACUGAAGAGCAUGUUAUAUCUGACGAUGAUGAAGUAGAUGAAAUAAUGCACAAUGUCUCCUCAUUGUUAAAUAAUGAAGAUAAUAUUUCGAAUGAUCUAACAAAUUCAAUUGCAAAUGAUUUUCAAGCUUCAACAACACCACAUGGAUCAACCACCUCACUGUUAAUUAACAAUAAAAUUUCAGAUAACAAUGAUUUAACAUCACAAAAUAUGAAUGCAACUUUAACCAAUGUCAUAGAAAAAUUGAAUUUAGAUGGUGAUAAUAUCAGCAAGGCUAAAAAUGACAAGGCAAAUGUUCUUAAAAAUAAACUCACAAAUAAUUCGUUAAGAUUAUGUAGAGACAAACACUUCUUGAAUAGCAAUUCAAUUGAAAGUUUCCUUACUACAAAUUUUGAUGUCCUCUUCGAUAAAAAUGACAUUGUUAAUAUUUCAUUCAAAUCAUUAUUCAAAUAUUCAACAAGUAUUGAAAAUUUGGAAAAGUACUUAAAAGAAUGGCACUCUCAAUUUGAUUACCUUAGUUCAUUAAAACAUAAAGUCAAUGCAAAGAGGUUAAAAAUGCUAUAUGACCUCAAAGGCGCUUUCUUUUCAUGCUCAAUGAUGAAAUUGCUUAAUUUAACACGCUGUUCUGCUAUUACUCUGGUUGAAGCUGGAAUUAUAGCAAAAUUUUUGAUGAGAAGCACUGUUGAACAAUAUGACUAUUUCCUCAAAAGUCUCUUAAAUGAUAAUGAUGCAAGUCAUCAAUCUUCUGAAUUCGACUCUACAAUAAUUCAAUA